UGAACAACGUAUAUCUUCACUUGUGUUACACACCCGUCUUAGCCUGCCACAAGUUACCGAACCUGCGGCGAAAUACGGUAACCUGGUGGCACACUCAACGUCACUAGGCCAUUUGUUUACAGUGGAGAUAUGCCCAGACCGACUUCCUCUCUUCUUUGUUUGGCAUAGAUCUGAGUUUUAGGAUUAGGGCUAGACUCUAAAGUCUAAAGACAGCAAUGGGCUAUAGAUCUAAUCAUCUGAACGAAUCACAAAGAUUUUCCUUUACAAAUAAAUGCUUUAGAUCAAGAUCACGGCCUAGCUAGUGUUGCACCAGUGAGACUGAUAGUUACAGAACUAGAGAUUUUACCCUAGAUUUUUUCCCCUUUAUUUUUUGUACGUGUUAAGUUGCAUUGCUUUUGAAUUGUGCUAGAUUUACUUAAGACUGAGAUCUUAAUCAUUAGUGACAGGUAUCUAAAGCGAGCACAAGGACAGGUCUUCACACACGAUAGUGAUGAUGACAGUGUAUAUAAAUGUACAUGUCCUUAGGUGCCUUAAGCUUAGAAAAGUACACUCCUGUCUACAAAUACUAACUAGUACAACAUAACAAAGUACAAGACUUACAAGUUGAAGUUGUAGUACUACUAGUCUAGAUUUGUUUGACCAUUUAUUCAUUUAUUAGAUAGAUAAUCAUAAUAGAUCUAGAUACUAAGAUCUAUAAAAUAUAGAUCUAAAGUAAGAUAUAAAGAAAUCUUUUACAAAUAACAGUUAUUGCCUUUCCAUCCUAGUGGCCUUGUAUUUUAUAGCCAAUGUAUUGGUCUGAUUAGUCUGAAAGACUAGGUUUUAUAAAUUAGUUAGAGGAAUUUCUAAGUGAAGGAUUUGUGUGUUGACAAGUGAUAGAAUUUGGUCUAGCUUGGCUUACAAGCCUUCAAUGGAGUAAAUUCUUAAUUGGCACGAUUAGAAGUUGUUGCUAGACUGCUGAUACUUUGACUUUGGAAAGUGCAACAAAAUAUAAUAAUUCUAAAGUAACUCUGCUGUUUGGUAUGUCUUCUGCAAAUGCUGUUACAGCCAUUAAUAACAAGGUAUCACCAGGUGAUAAAACAGGGUUACCAUGGGAAAUUUGGCAGAUCAUCCUUUCUUGGUUGUCUUCAAAAGACUUAUGCCACUUUGCCAUGGUGUGUAAAACAUGGUCAGAAUUAGUUAUAAGUGUUGAUAACACGCGAUGGAAGGAGCUCUAUUUGCAAUGCAGUGAAUGGAGGCAUCCAUUUUGGCCAUUAAAUGUUGAAGCAGAGCCUCCUUCCUGGCGUCUUGCCUAUCGCGACCAAUUUACUGCAACAAGAUUCUGGAAGAAACGGCAAAAAUAUGACUCCAAGCAUUUUUCUUGUGCAUCCAUCUUCAAAAGAUCCAUUCGCCCCAAAAAUAUUCAUGUUGGUUCUGGAAAGGAAUUUGAUAGCCUGAAUGGUGCUCUUUCUAUAGUCUCUCCUUAUGACAGAAUAAUCAUGCACCCUGGGAUCUACGAUGAGCAGCUGGAAGUCCGUGCUAAGGUGCCUUUUGAGUUGAUUGGGCAUGGAGAGAUGGGAAGCAUUAUUCUGGUCGCUGGGAUACAUCAGCUGGGGUCCACCACUCGCCUCAGCAAUUUGGUGCUAAGAGCUCCAUGGUAUACAAGUUUUAUUAUCAUGAUAAGCUCAGGAUUUUUACAACUAGACAACUGUAUAAUAGAGAAUGGUAUGAUCUGUGCCCAAAAUCCAAGUACUCUUCAUGUUAAGUUCUGCACUUUUCGCCAUUCUUCCAUAGUUCUUCAUAACAUGAAUGCCAGUAUCAUAGAAAAUUGUGAGUUCUCUCAAAGUAAAAGUGCUAACAUCAUCAUUGAAGGCUAUCCUAAAGAAAACAAAAAUUGGACUUAUUCAUUUUUAAAAGAAAGGACUAAUAGCAUCUAUCAUCAGAAUCGUUCUCUGCACAGGAAGAAACAUGGUUUAAAAGCUACAACUAGCAUGUCAUCCACUUUACAUUCAUCCAUCACAGCUAAAUCUGUGACGACAAUGUACUCAACGCAGCUUCAUGGUCCUGUGGGUAAUGACCCAAUAUUUGAUAUGGAUGAACCUGGUGCCAGUUUUCUCAACCCUGGGCUCCUGGUACCCAUGUACCUUGGCUCUCAAAAAGAUGUAUCAGUUGGAUGCGGGGACCUGCAGUCCAUGUAUCAAGAGUGUGGCUCAUCCAAUGCUGAACAGUUAUCAGAAAAACGUAAGAACUCUACCAAAACUGUCACAGACUGUUCCACAUCAGGAGCCUCAAAACCUGAUAAUAAUGUUAGUUCAAAUAAAAAUUGUGCUCAAAGUGAAAGUGCUAGUCGAAGAAAUUCUUUGUUGAAGAGAGGGGUGAGACGAAAAAGUAUGGACAGCCAUGUUGGGUUUCGUUUUGACACAGAUGAUCCAGCUCUAAUUCAAGAUAAGUUAGCUAAUCAACAGCCCGGUAUAGAGUUAGAAAGCUGUGCAAAGUCAACCACUUCUUGUAAUAAACUCAGAAGUAAAUUUCAAGGAAGAAGUAAAUCUUUUUCUGCUUUUUCACAGAGCCAAAGAAAAUGUAGAAGUAACCAAAUUGAGCCUGUCUUUCUUGAAAAUUCUGGCAUAGACUCUUGUCAUAAAAAUGGAUCAUCUAUUCCUGUUUCAUCUGUAGACCGACAAAAUUUAUUCUCCACUCGAAGAGUAUGUUCUGAGACUGAUUUGAGCAAUGUAUCAGAAAAAGUCCACUUGAUAAAUGUGAAAGAACAUUACUGGAAAGGGAAUCAUAAGCAUGAUUGUAAGUGCAAUAGUCGAGGUACAAGUAGAGGUUGCCAAGAAAUCAAUCCUGUACAAGAUAAAGUGCCUUUGAUGCGUUCAGGGAUACGUCGUUCUCAGAGUGAAGAAAUCAUUGAGAUCUCAGAUGAUACUGAUGAUGAUGACCAGUCUUCAAUCAAUGAGCUAGAGUCUGCAGGAGAAUCUAUUGAUGGAGCAGAUGAUGUACAGGAUGCUAUAAGCAGCUCUACAGACAGCAGUGAUGUCAACAGCUUGGAUUACAUGAACUCAGAGGACAAUUCCUCCUCCAGUGAGGAGUCAGUCAUUAUGCUGCCGCACCUACAGGAGAUGUACCUUGGACACCCUGGACUUAUGUCCUCUGGUUUCAGCCACACCACUGACACUGACUCCAUUAACAGUGAGUGUACCAGACCUGUACCUGUCAAUAUAUCAGAGGAUUUACUCAUGAGCAAAUACGUAGGUCAGAUACAGGGAUGUUUGAUUCACCAGUGCCGCAUGAACCACAGCAAAGCGGGCAUAUCUGUAAGCCUUCAGGCCCACGUCAUCAUCUCAGAAUGUGACAUCAGUAAUGUCAAUUAUGGCAUACGCUGCAUUCAACAUUCAAAGGUUGUUAUAUUGAAAAACAAGAUCCAUCACUGUCACACCUCUGGCAUAUUUAUGAGACUCUCCUCAUCUGGUCUUAUAGCUGGAAAUGACAUUCAUUCCAAUAGUGAGGCUGGCAUAGACAUUCGCAAAGCUUCAGAUCCAUUAGUUCAAUACAACCAAAUUCAUCAUGGCAAACGUUCAGGAAUUGUUGUCCUCGGCAGUGGGUGUGGCCAGAUUAAAAAGAAUGACAUCUACUGUAACACAGAGGCUGGUGUUUAUAUAUUAUUUGGUGCUAACCCAAUUGUUAGUGAAAAUUACAUUUACGAGGGCCGUGCUGCAGGGGUAGCUGUCAAUGCAGCAGGUAGAGGCUGCAUUAUAGAUAAUGUGAUAAGAGGUAAUAAAUGGGGUGGAGUAGACAUAAGAAAUGGAAGCUGCCCUCUAGUCAGUGGCAACAGUAUCAUCAAUGGUGUCAGUGAUGGAAUAGUGGUAGGAUCUGGUGGAAAGGGAAUUAUUGAAAACAACUUUAUUAGUGGUAAUGGUGGAUGUGGUCUUUGGCUUUUGUCUGCCAAAAAUCUUUAUAUUCAUGGCAACCAGAUAUGUGACAGUGGACAUUGUGGGGUGAUGCUCAUCGACAUGAUGUCUGUAGGUAUUGAAGGCUUGCUAGAACAGAAUCAGUUCCUGCCCAAUCUGAACCACAGAACUUAUUCUGUCAAUGAUGUCAAUCCUUUGUUCACUGAACCAACAUUACCCUUUACAACUCUUCAGUACAACAAUAUUUAUCAUAACAAAGGUCAAGGUGUGAUGAUACAAAUUGAUGAAGAUAUAAGGUUGUUACACAAUGCCAUUCAUGGCAACCAGCUGGAGGGAAUAUACAUGUCUCAAAGAGCACCAGUUGUUGUCAAGAGCAACAGUAUUACAAACAAUGGCAAGAGUGGCAUUGUCACCUCAGAAUAUGAUCAGAUUAGCAUUAUUGGAAAUGGGGUUUACAACAACCAUUUGCAUGGAGUAAUUUGUCGCAAUGAAUGCAUCAUUGAGGAGAAUGAUAUUAUCUGUCAUGCAGCGAGUGCCAUUAAGGUUGAAAGUAAUGGAAAUAUUUCAGUAACCAAGAAUCGACUUGGCUGUUCCUCUGGUGCAGCUAUCAAAGGUGUUGAGUUAUCAGUCAUCAAGGCAACAAAAAACAAGAUCUAUUUUAGAGGCAGUGGGGAGUUUCUCGUUUCUUCUGGCCAGUGGUCAGCAGCGGAUAAUUAUAUUGUUAAUCAAACAAAGCGGCAGUCAAAGAGUGAUUUUAGCAAAACUGACUUCCUGAGUGACCCUCAUCCACGUCCGCACAUACCACCGCCACCUCCCCUGACAGUCAUUCCAAAUCAGAACAUCGUACAAGUGAAAAAGGUUGCACCUGGUAGAUUCUGUGAUCAGCGCAGUAAGCUGUGUUCUAUUCUAUAAUUUAGCUCAAACUUGUUCAUUUUUAUGGCUGUAUUCAGAAUGUUUUUGUUUUUUAUUUAUUUGGCUGCCAAUACUUUUAUCAAACUUUAUAAACUAAACUCUUUGAAAAUAAAAAUGAAUUACAAAUAAUAAGAAAUGCAUGAAUGUUAUUUGUAAUAAUAGUAAACAAGUCGAAAUUGUACAAAUUUUAUUAUUUUGUGAGUGUGUGUGUGUGUGGUAGUUUUUCUAAUUAGAUUUUUUUUCCUUUUUUUUUUCUUAAUAUAUUUACUUAAUUCUGUUUCAAUAUACGAGUUUAAGAUACAUUGGCUCCAUAGUCUAGUAUUAUCUAGGUUAUAGAUUUUACAAUCUCUGUAAAAAAAAAAAGUAAUGUUACCCACCUCAGUUUGUCUUCUAAAUACAAUAUGUGCCAUAGACCACUUCCAAAUCAUUUGGAAAACAAAACUCUUCCAGUAGUUGUUGAGUUUUCAGACACCUUUAGAAUAUGUUAUAUUGCAUACAGGGUUGACUCUAGGUACUGGCAACAUAUGCUAAGAUGCAAUAUUUUAAGUUAUUUUUCUAGUGAGCAUUUGUACAUCCCAUUACCCACAAACUUUCUUAAAAUGCAACUGGCCUAAGGGCUACAAUUGAGUGCAUGGCUUUAUGUAUCUAAAUUGUCUCAAUAGGUCUAUUCAUUUGAUGAUAUAUUUAUAUAUAAACCUAUAUAUUUAUCUAUUUAUUUAUUUGUAUGUGAUGUAACUUUUUCUUCAUUGUACAUUCUGAAGAGAAUGGCAGAACUUCUUCAUGAUACAGAGCUGGUCUAUUUGGUUCUCUGUUCUCUGGGGAUACACAACUUGCUUCCUCCAAUUAGUGGCACACAUGUUGGCAAACCUCUCUCCAUUAUGGUUUAUUUCACCUAAUUCCCUCUUUCCCAUAAUCUCCUCCUAUCCUCUGUUGUCUUUGCCAACCUUGACAUUGAAAUCACCCAUUAUGAUGAGGAUGUUCUUUGUAGGUCUGUGAUUGAAAAUGGUAAUCAAUCUGUUGUAAAAGUUGUCUUUCACCUGCUUUUAACUGUCAUUCCUUGGGAUAUAGCAUUGGAUAAUAUCUAAGUUUAUCCUCUUCUUUGUGUGGAAUGAGGCUGUUAUGAUCUGUGGUCCAUGUCUUUCCCACCCUAUAAGUGCCUGCUCACCUCACAUGAAGUCAGCUGCUUCUAGUUGUAACGAGUCCAUCUAGACUCGCUGAUACUUAGGAUGGUAAGAUGGAACCUUUUUAUCUCUGCUGCUAAUAGCCCAUUCUUCUCAGUCUCGUACAUGGUCCAGAGGUUCCAUUUACCAAUGGUGGUGGUUGUCCUUGUGGAGAAAAUGCAUCAUACACCUUUCAGCCAUAGGCCCAUCUUCUUUCAGGUCUGUGACUUCUGUUGAUUUGCUGUUUAGUGUUUCUGUAGCUGGUGCUUUUUCAACAGGGUAGAUUAGCUAGCUCUACGCCCAAUCUCCACCUUUUUUAGCCAGGCUUAGAAUUCUCGUGGAGGUGUGGUGACUGAGCGGUAAAGCACUUGACUUCCCAGCCAGGGGUCUCAGGUUCAAAUCCUGGUGAAGACUGGUAUUUUUAAUUUUAGGAUCUCUGGGCGCCUCUGAGUGCACCCAGCUCUAAUGGGUACCUGACAUUAAUUGGGGAAAAGUAAAGGCGUUUGGUCGUUGUGCUGGCCACAUGACAUCCUCGAUAACCAUUGGCCACAGAAACAGAUUACCUUGACAUCAUCUGUCCUAUAGACCACAAGGUCUGAAAGGGGAACUUUACUUUUUUACUUUUACGAUUCUCAUGACCUAAAGGCUGCAUGGCUUUAUGUAUCUAAAUUUUCUCGAUAGUUCUAUUCAUUUGUUAUAUAUAUGUAUAUUUAUGUUGACAUAUUUAUUUGUUUGUAUUUGAUGUAAUUAUGGUCUAUUUUACAUUUCUGGUCAGAAAAAAAAAAAGAAUUUUAUUAAUAAUAAUAAUAAUGGCAAUGUCUUUGAUUAAAGUACAUAUGUUAUAAUCUAAUCAUUACAGUUUUUUUCAAAUAAAAUUUGAUAUUGUAUUAUUUAUUAACUUUCAGAGCUUUUGUAUUUUUGUUGGUUCCAAGUAUGUAAUUACUAAUAGAUAUGGAUUUAAUAAAUGUUAACAGAUAAGUGUCACUAACUUAUAUAACCUUCUUUUUUUUUGUUGUUGUUGUCUUUUUUAAGAAAAAUGAAUGUAUUACACUAGUGGUAACUUUAUAUCACAAACUUUUUAUUUUAAUUGCUCUUUUAAUUUAUUUAAAUAGUGUCCAUUGGUGUUAUGAUGGCUGUUUUCUAGCUUGACUUUAUAAUAUUUGCAUUUGUUUUGAGUGUAUAUUCUUGAAAUAUAAUUCAGUUUUUACACAAUGUUCCCUUUGCACUUUAACAUUUUAACACUCACAUGUCCAUUGUGUUUUCAAAGUGUUUGUUUUCUCCAUCUUCAGAUAUCAAUAACUAUUCAUGACCUGAACCUUGAUAUGAUUAAAAAUAGAAUCCUGCCUUAAUAUUUGGAUUCUUAGUUUGUAUUUAUUUCUAUACGUGCACAUGUUAGCACAUGAGGCAACAUAUUUAAACAGGGAUUACUGGUAAUUUUAUGUUGUUUAGCUCCCUUAUAUAUUUUUUUUCCCUACCAGUUGACCUCCUUAUACCAGACUAUCUCUCCAUGCAAUGAUUUCUUUAACAUCUUUACAUUUUAUUAUGCAAUAUUUUACUACCUUUUCAUCUUUUUAGCUGAUGCUAAAAGCUGCUUUUGUUUUUGGUGCUGUUACAUUUAAAUCUGAUAAACAAAAGGUGACAUUAAAAAUCUGAUUUCACCAUCACCUGCAUUGUGGUUAGGUCUUCUGAAAGGGAACAUAUUUGCUUUUAAAAUUAGAUUUGCAGUUUCUAUAAAUAUACUCACAUUUUUUAAACAAGAUUAAGUUGUGGAGGAAUACCAAGAUGAUCAUACAGUUUUCACUGACACACACACACACAUAUAUAUAUAUAUAUAUAUAUAUAUAUAUUUAAUUUAGGUCAUUGGUUAAUAUGCAUAACUAAAUGCAUGAUGCGUAGGACAUAAUCAUCUUCUUUUUUUUGAAGUAAUGUCUGUAUCAUAUAAGAUAAGAUAUAAUGUUUUCGUUGUUGUUGUUGUUGUUUUUUUCCCAUUGAUUUUUUAAAACAAAAAAUUCUAAAAAUGUUGAUUGUUGAUGGCAAUGCUACAUUGCAAGAGACUGCAAUUUUUUUUUGUUAUAACAAAUAAUGCAUAUUAUAAUCACAUCUGAUUCAAAAAGCAGUUCAUGUUAAUUCACAUUGUCCUUGUGAUUACAGUUGACCCACAGGGCCAUCUACACAAACUCUUGUUUUAGUCUUGUUUACAUAUCUAUUGUUUAUGGCAUUUGUUGGUUUACUUUGUGGGUGUGGCAUUUGUUUUUUCUUUGUCAAUUUUUUAUUUACUCUAUUUAUAUUGUUUUAUUUAUAAAUAUUUGUUUAACUGACAUGUUUUUAUUGGAAUCAUCAUAUAAAAGAAAAUUCUAUUGCAAAAUUUUCUUAAUCAUUGGAUCUUGGUCAGCACAUUUAGAUCUUUCAAGCUCUACUCAUUGUACUAUCACUCUGCAUGUUUUUAUGCCACUAAUUGUAACCUAAGUACUCUGAAAAAUUCAUUUUUAGAAAAGGCCAUUGAAUGGUCAUUUUAUCACAAUCACUUUUUCAAGUCUUAGAGAUUAUUGAGAAACAUUGAAUAAUAUCAGUUAUAUUUUUUUUAUAAUUGUUUCUCAUGAGUUAAAUUUUAACAAUUGGUCCUUUCAUUGAAGACUUUAGUAAUAGUAGUGAUUUAUUGAGCCUCUAUGACUUAGGUUACUGUCUUAGCAUGUGGUGGUUGGGAUGUUCCUAUUCUACAUGUAUAACUUAAUGAGUUGUUGAGAGUCAGUGACAAGAAGUAGGCAAGAGAUAUCAUGUUCUCUUUUCACUUUUCCAUGACAUAGAAUAGUUGGACAGAAAUUUAAAUCAUCAUCAUCAUCAUCAAACUCCAUUAGAGUGAGGGCUUGAGAGGCUCAAAUCCUCUCUUGCAAAAGCCCUGGACAGAAAUUUAAAUAGAAAUUACUAUCUAAAUUAUUUUUAGAUCCUUUUAUUUGUGCUUUUAAAAAAUGUUUUAAUUAUAACAGAACUGUUCCCCUGAAUCUGUAUUUUUAGUUUUGUUACACUGCAUUUUGUUCCAUGUAAAAUUUGCUCAAUUUUAAUGUUUAAGAGAUGCACUGAUAACAAGCAUAUUUGUAUCACAUGUUAGUCUUGUUAUACUUGACCAAAUGAGUGAUACGAUAGCUUUUUUUUUCCCUUUAUAUUAAUAUUUUGUCAAUAUGCAUUUGUAAAUAUUUUAAAAUGAAUCCGUCCAUUUUUUUUUACUGAGAAUAGCUUUGUAAAAAACACUUUGUAAGAUGUCUAGGCCAACAUGUUUAUAUUAGUCUAAUUUGAGUGUAGCAUUUGUUAUUUAUUAUGAUAUGAGUUGUUUGUGAUGUCUUCCAAUUUAUUUUGUCUUGUACACUGACUCAUUCUAUAAUGCAUCUACUUGCCAUUUAGAUUGUGUUUGAAGUGAAUCUAUUUAGUUAUUUAUUUUUUUAGAGUUUUGAUAUCUAUUGGCAUUUUAUGUGAAAUGAGAUGUGUUGUAAUUAGAGUGCAUUAUUUGGGCUUGGCUGCUUGACUAUUCAACUGAGGCACCUGAGUUAGCCUCCUGUUUCACGAAUCCUGGGAAAUCUUAAAUGUUUGAGAGAAUUAAGUCAGUUGGUCAUUGUGUUUGUCAUAUAAGCCCUUAGUAAUUGUUUAACUUGAAUUCCUCUGCCAUUUGGACUGUUAAUAUUGAUGAUGCAAAGUGCAUGUGUUGCAAUUUGGAGAUAAAGUGAUACAAUUGAGCAUUGAAAGGCCAGAGAGUUUAUUCUACUUUAAAUAUGACAUUCUAAAAAAAAUGCUUUCUAUGUUGGACUUAAUAUUUAUGUUCUAUGCACUUUGAAAUAUCUGAACUCCAUGACAUCCCUCAAUAUGUUGGGAUGAAAAAUGCUCUCUACAGUAUUGAGUAUAGUUGCUCCAAUUUGGUCUGAAAAAAGGGCAGUAACUGAAAGGUUUGUUAACUUCUUGGCUUGAAGAAGCACUACCACUUGACAACUCAAUCUUUCCUACUUUUUUCAGACCUUUUUAAAAGUGUGUCAAAAAUCCAAGUUGAUUGUGCUUACGCUUCAGUUUUGUUUUUUAAUUCUUUUAUUAUCUUUAUUGGUAAGACUCUCAUGUUUGACAUUUAUUUUGACCCUCUUUGUCUAAUUAGUUUUAUUCUACAAGAGAAUUCAUCACUACUUUCUUUUGCUAUUGCUCUUGUCAGCGUAAUCGAUGAGAUAGAUAUAUAUAUAUAUAGAGAGAGAGAGAGAUCAAAAAUGUGUGCUACUAAAUGUUUUUUAGUUCUUUUUUUUUUUUUUUGUAACAAAACUUAUAUCAACUCUGUCUGUCUGGUAAAAAGUGUGUACAAUUAUUAUUUUUGGCAUAGUCAAAAGUCAAGACAUGAAUAAAAAAAAAAAAUUCACAUAUAUGGCUAAAUAUCUAGAGUUUUGUCCCCUUAGAUAAUUGAAAACGUUACUUCUCCCACACCCAUUCAAUUAUUUAUUGUGCCUAACAAAACAUAAAUCAAUUACAAAAUGUACCAAAUAAUCAAUUUAUUAUUGGAAAUGAAUUAUUUUGUUUGAUAUCAAAUUAGGGAAAUAACUUCUACAUCAUUGAGAGAUAUAAUUGUAAGUGCAGACUUCUUUCCAUUAGAUAAGCUUUUUUUUUUUUUUUUUUAUAUAUUUUGCUUGUUUUAUAUUAUUACUUGAGGUUUUAUAAAUAAACAUUAUCAAUGAUGUGAAUGAUGAAACUUCUGUAAUGCAAGCCCCACAUAAAACAGCAGGCAGGGGAUUCUCAUUUGACUAUCUAAAUCAUGCCUGAAUUACAAUCAUCUAUACAUGGUGCUGGGUUGCGUUGUGGAUAAUUUCCAUUGAUUGAUUGUCUUUUACUUUGUUUUGUUUAUUUAUUUAAUUUAUUCACUUAGACACAAGAAAUUUACAUUCAUUAAAUUAUCUACUGAUAAUUCAUUCAGUAUGUGUUAAGGUUUAUAUUGAAUUUACAAUUUCAAAGUUUAUAAAUAUAGAAGCAAACUUUU